UCCCGCCCUUUUUCGAAGGCCAUAAAACAAGGGAAUGCAAAAGAGCAAACAACUCUGACAAUGACACAAAUUUCAGCAUGCAUCAACAAAACGAACAUCACCAUCAUCGUCUUCUCCCUCAAGCUCUCUAUCCCUUCUUUCACAAGCACAAUGAUCCCAAUUCAUCGACAUUUCAGUCUCGAAAGCUUCCAAGAAACAUGCCCAAACAACGAUCAACAUCCAAAGCCAAUGCUCAAAUCCACCUCAAGACAUCAACAACAACAAACCAUGGUUUCCGUCGUAAAAUCCUGCACCCAUAAACCCCAUUUACUUCAAAUUCAAGCUCACCUUACCCGUUCUUCCCUUCUUCAAAACCCAAAAUUUUCCCUCUUGUUUCUAUCCUCCCUUUGUUCUUCUCGUGAUCUUUGCUAUGCACGUCUUUUUUUCUCUCAAAUCAAGAACCCAUCUUCCUCUCAGUACAACACUCUCAUCAGAGCUUACUCUUCCAGCAAUUCACCUAAAGAAGCCUUUUUUCUUUACAGAGAAAUGAGACAAAAAGGCCUAAAGCCUGACCCCAUAUCAUUUUCUUUCGUCAUUAAAUCUUGCGUUAAAUUUCGUUCGGUUUUUUGCGGUUUACAGGUUCAUGGAAGGAUUAUAAGAGAUGGGUUUUUAUCAGAUUGUCUUUUACUUACUACCUUGAUGGAAUUUUAUUCGAGUUUCGCAAGUCGGGAGGAUGCUUGUAAAGUGUUCGAUGAAAUGUCUCAAAAAGACACUGUUGCGUGGAAUGUAUUGAUUUCUUGUUAUUUACGUAAUGGGAGGACUAGGGAUGUGUUAAUGUUGUUUGAUAACAUGAAAAAUGAGGGCGUUUGUGAACCUGAUGAUGUUACUUGUCUCCUUGUGACACAAGCUUGUGCUAAUUUAGGGGCGUUAGAGUUUGGCGAAAAGGUCCAUCGUUAUAUUAAAGAACGUGGUUACGGUACUGCUCGUAACCUAUCCAAUUCGCUUAUAUCAAUGUAUUCUCGGUGUGGAUGUUUAGACAAGGCUUAUGAUGUUUUUAAGGGAAUUGGAGAGAAGAAUGUUAUUUCGUGGAGUGCUAUGAUAUCCGGUUUAGCAAUGAACGGAUUCGGGAGAGAUGCUAUUCUAGCGUUCGAAGAGAUGCGGAAAACGGUCAUCCCGGAUGAACAAACAUUUACGGGACUCCUUUCGGCUUGUAGCCAUUGUGGUUUAGUCGAUGAAGGGAUGGAGUUUCUUAAUCAAAUGAGCAAAGAAUUCGGUAUAAUGCCUAACGUUCAUCAUUAUGGGUGUGUUGUUGAUCUUUUAGGCCGUGCCGGUUUACUCGAACAAGCCUAUCGAGUUAUAAUAUCAAUGAAGGUUAAGCCUGAUGCAGCUAUUUGGAGGACCUUGCUCGGAGCUUGUAGAAUUCACGGUCAUUUUACACUUGGUGAACGUGUGAUCGAACAUUUGAUUGAACUCAAGGCUCAAGAAGCAGGGGACUAUGUUUUGCUGUUGAAUAUAUAUUCAUCAACUGGUAGCUGGGAGAAAGUGAGUGAACUGAGGAAGUUUUUGAAAGAUAAAGGAAUUCAAACAACACCUGGAUGUAGUUCAAUCGAGCUUAAAGGAGUUGUACACGAAUUCAUCGUGGAUGACGUUUCGCAUCCACAAAAACAUGAGAUUUACAAUAAGCUAGACGAGAUUAAUAAGCAAUUGAAGAUUGCUGGUUAUGUUGCUGAAACAACAUCUGAAUUACAUGAUUUAGGUGCAGAAGAAAAAGCAAAUGCACUCUCUUAUCAUAGCGAGAAACUAGCUCUUGCUUUUGGGGUUCUGGUAACUCGACCCGGCACGACGUUACGAGUUACCAAGAAUCUUCGGAUUUGCAUCGAUUGUCACAAUUUCGCGAAGUUUCUUUCAGGGGUCUACAACAGGCAGUUAAUAAUCCGAGAUCGAACCAGGUUUCAUCAUUUCAGAGAUGGACACUGCUCUUGUAAUGACUAUUGGUAGACAAGUUGAACAAAAGAACUGCCAGUGCUAACCCGAGUGCUUAUGUUGCUCCGACUUUUCAUUUUUUAUUUGAAUUACUCAUAUCAAACAUUCAUGUCCGAUACUGAGGACAUGUGUACGGAGUAUAGAACAGGUAUCUGUGCGAUAUAUAUAUAUAUCUCCAUGGCCGACACUCA